UGGAUUUGUAUAUUAUAUUUCGCGGUAAAAUUCUCCGUAGUACAUUUUUCAAGUUCUAACGGUCCAGAAACUACAAACUGUAAAAAUGGCGACACCCACGUUCUUGCUUCGUCACCUACAUCAUCAUCAAUUCAUCAUAAUCGCAGCUCUAACUCUAGCUCUAGCAAUAGCACCAACACCGGUGCCAAACUACUCCAGUCCAUGACAUCCCCAGGUCCAAACCCCCAACCCGCUUAAGCCAUGCAACCUUUCUUCACUCUCUCUUCUCUUCUUCUUCUUCUUCUUUCCUUCAUUUGCGCAUCUGGGUUUGGAUCCAUGGGCCCCAUUUCUGCAGCAUUUGGGGAUAACGGUUUCUUCUGCGCCAUUGACGCCAGCGGUAAGCAGGACGUUAUUUGUUGGACAAAGAACACUACUUUACCAUCAUCAUCAUCUCCGUCUUCAUCUUCCCCUGCCUACUUUAAUAGCAUUCCGUCUAUGGCGGCUCUAUCUGGCGGCGAAGGAUUUCUUUGCGGCAUUUUAGCUAACAGUUCACAGCCAUUCUGUUGGAGUUCAAUUUACUCUGGUCUGGAUCUUGUUCCUUCGAUUUAUAGAACAACUGCUUAUUCGAAUAUUGCUGCAGGGAAGAAUCAUGUAUGUGCUAUUAGAGGAUCUUACUAUUCUGAUCAUGAUGCAGGUACUAUAGAUUGUUGGGAUAUUGUGAUGGGUGCUAAUAAUAGUUUAACUUCUACGCAAAGCAGAAAAUUUUAUGAUCAGUCUAUUGGGAAUCUUGUUUUUAAUAAAGUUGUAUCUGGUGAAGGGUACAGUUGUGGUAGGGUUAGAGAAGGAGGAGUUGUUUGUUGGGGACCGAACUCGUCAAAUUUAGGCAUUUCAAGAUUAUCAGAGAAUUAUAGAGUUUUAGCUUCAGGUAGGGGUUCUCUAUGUGGGAUUUUGGAAGAGUCUAAUGAGGUCAAAUGCUGGGGCAAUAGUAAUGAUUCGCUUUCAAGUCCUCCGUUUGGGACCCAGUUUGUCUCUUUAACUGCUGGUGCUAAUCAUUUUUGUGGAAUCAGGCAAGAUAAUCAUGCUGUUGAGUGUUGGGGGAGCUUUAAUUUAUCAUCUGUUCCAAAAGGUGGUUCUGGGUUUACAGCAAUUGCUUCUACUGAUUUUACUACAUGUGGAAUUAGGGAAAAUGAUUUAGUUAUUGAUUGUUGGUUUGCCAAUGGGACUUCACCUCUGGAGUUUAAUCCUCCAUUGGAAUUGUGUAGUCCAGGACUAUGUGGUCCUGGCUCUUGUAGUGAAGGAGAGUUUGUUUUCAAUGCGAGCAUUCUAAAUGAACCUGAUUUGACAAGCUUAUGUGUUAGGAAGGAUUUGCAGAUUUGUUCCCCAUGUGGAUCAAAUUGUUCUGAAGGAUUUUUCCUGUCUAGUCCAUGUAGUGGGAAUGCUGAUCGAGUAUGCACAGAUUGCUCUCUUUGUCAGAACAGUUCUUGUUGGGAUGUUUGUGGGAUGAAAUCAUCUGCACCGAAACAAUGGCACCAUUGGCGUAGAUUAGUAAUCAUAAUUGGAUCUUCUGCAUUGGGUUUCUUCUUGAUAUUACUCAGUUGCUGUGUUCUUCCACGCUUGAUUGUCACCCAAAAAGAAGAAGGAUCAAAGAAACAGUUUAAAUCUUGCAUAGGAAAACCUGAGUUGGAAAUUGACAAUGCUUCUGAUUCAUGCCAGCUUCCGUCCAUGGCUUCUUGUCCUGGUAUGGCCCAAGUGUUUCGACUCUCAGAGCUAAAAGAUGCAACCAAUGGAUUCAAAGAGUUCAAUGAGCUUGGCAGAGGAAGCUAUGGCUUUGUUUAUAAAGCUGUCCUGGCUGAUGGAAGGCAAGUGGCGGUCAAGAGGGCUAAUGCUGCUACAAUAAUCCACACUAACAGUAGGGAUUUUGAAAUGGAAUUGGAAGUUUUAUGCAACAUUAGGCAUUCUAAUAUUGUGAACUUGUUGGGCUACUGCUCAGAGAUGGGAGAGAGGCUGCUUGUUUACGAGUAUAUGCCUCAUGGAACACUUCAUGACCACCUCCACAGUGGCCUUUCUCCUCUGAACUGGGGCCUUAGGUUGAAGAUUUCAAUGCAGGCUGCAAAAGGGCUCGAGUACCUUCACAAGGAAGCUGAGCCUCCAAUAAUUCACCGAAAUGUCAAGACUUCAAACAUUCUUUUGGAUUCUGAAUGGGGAGCAAGAAUUGCAGAUUUUGGGCUUCUCACUGCAAAUGAGAAGGAUCUUGGUGGAGACAUGAAAACAGAUGUUUAUAAUUUUGGGAUUGUACUUCUUGAGAUUCUUAGUGGAAGAAAAACAUAUGAUAGAGAUUGUACACCUCCAAGUAUAGUUGAUUGGGCAGUACCGUUAAUUAAACAGGGGAAGGCAGCUGCCAUAAUCGACCGAUAUGUGGCUCUUCCAAGGAAUUUUGAGCCCUUACUAAAACUUGCUGAUAUUGCAAAAUUGGCUGUCAGGGAAAAUCCCAGUGAUCGUCCUACUAUGUCAGAUUUGGCAAAUUGGUUGGAGCAAAUUGUGAAGGAUGGAUUGAUCUUGUAACCUCAGGCAUUAAGUCAAGUCAAAAUGCUAGAGGAGGUACACGUAAAAGCACCUUAAUCUGUUUUCCAACCAGAAGAUGCUCUAACGUGCAAAGCUACCAUAUAUGCAUAUGUAAAGGCAUUAUUACACUACUUUCAGGACUCUUACUAGGCAGUAUCAUUCGACAUAGACAAUUCAAUUGUUGAGAGGAAUACCUUAUUCAGCGGCAAUGAAGUUAAUUAGCUUAUGAGCUAAUGCCUGUGGGUCCUAAUACUAAUAUCUCAAGAUCUUUCAGAAAACUCUGGCAAGAAGUGGAACAAAUGGGAAUCACUGAAAUUGAGUUUUGGCCUCUUCCUUUAAUGGCAUUGGGUGAGACAUUGGAUGACUUGUGCAGGGGUCUAUAGAUUAUGCUGAUAUGUUGAGUUCCAAAUUAUAAAAUGGAAAAGUAAAGGAACCAUUACUGUUAAUAUUAUUAUGGACAAAAGAAAGAGUUUUAUAAGUCAAAUGAGCAUAUAAGGAGAGCAGAGUUCAAACACACAUGUGAUGCCAACUCUUCUGAUCAGAGUUCAGCUUCUCAAAGAAAAGAAAAAAGUUACCUCCAAUUUUGUACUGCACUGAGCUAACCCAGAAUCUUAAACCACUUGUGGUUGUCUAUAUGGCUUCUUUCAAUUCUAAGCAAUAAAUCUGUUUCUAUCUUCACAGUUUCACAUUACAGACACGUUUUGAGUCUUGUUGUUUAGCAUUUUCUGAAAAAUGAGGAAUGGAGACCUGUCAGCUUUCCUUUUUUUUUUUUUUUUUCCUUCUCAACUUGACACAGAAUUAUUGAAGAACCAUUCUGCUCUUGUCAGAUAUUCCGUCCCAUUAGUACUGCCAUACUUUUCUCUCUAUAGUCUAUAACCCCACCCCCUUCUUUUUCUCCUAUGCACUCUAAUGGCAGAGUAUUGCCUUGUUGAGCAAAAUGUCUUUACAAAUUGUGAUUAGUUGUUAGUAAUUAAUGGUAAUUCUCUUAAUGAAUUAGUAAUUAGAAUUCUAAAGUUUGAAACUUGAAGGUAAAAUUUCCGGUGGGUAGCUUUCAACAUUUCAUGUAAGAUUUAAAAUGUCAAGUCGUAGGCAAUGAAAUAGUUAAUUAGGUCAAAAGACUGUAUGAUAAUAAUCUUGGAGUUGGUGAAAACAAAAUUCCUUGUUGGGGCUGGUCCACAUGACGUAGUAGAAGUGUAAACUCAAGAAAAUGAAGGUGCAAAGGAUAUGGAGAAGACGAGAAUCCAAAUUCAUCCAAACACUUGAAGACAAAGCAGUUUCAGGAGAGGAAAAAAGACUUUGCUUUAUGAACCUGAAAAGAGGAAAAGAAGACCUCAAAAUACCAUAUGGGUAGGGCUCAAAAGUAUUGCUAACCUCGUGUAUGUCUCUCUAUAAUCUGUAUCUCCCCCAAUAAAGGCUUCUUUAUUACUGUUUUUAAGGUCACAUACACCUUCACGAAGUUUACAGACAAGGAAAAAAAUAAACUUUCAGGUAGGACAUGAUUCCUUUUUAGCUGUUUUUGCUAUGUGCCAAAUUGCCAACUCAAAAGCUAUUAGCUUUGGUGCAAAAAAAAAUAUUCACUUGGAAGCUAAAAACUGAUUUUAGCAAGUAGGGUCCUAUAUAUACUUUAUAUGUGUGUGUAUGUGUUAUAUCUCCUACAUUUACCUUCCCUCAUGGAUUGUCCUUAAUUUUGCAACUUGAGUUUUGGUGUUUCCAAAUUUACAGGCAUUUUCAAGGCUUCUUUGUACUGCCAAAUUGUGACCACAUAGUGGCCAGCAACAUCACUAUCUAUCCUUGUUCGAACUUCCAAUGCUAUAUAUUAUUAUUACUGCUAUUAUUAUAUACGCUAUAGCUUCUGUUUUUGUUUGCUUCUUUCAUUUGCUUUCCACUCUAAACAUAUGUAACUUGCUUCGUGCCUGGCUCCCUGUAUGCCAUCUGCAGAGCUCAUCAAGCUUGGUGGUCUCCGGGGAUGGCGUGCGAGGAGCCAUGCAUGCUACACGCCAUUUAGUCAUGGAAAGAUUAUAUAAUCGUCCAUUUAUUUAUCUUUUCCACAGAAGCUGUACAGGAAUACUGGAAAAUGAGUCAAGCCCAUAUAUUUAAAUUCAACUUGCUUAAUUUGACUAAUCUUUAGCAGCCACUUGUUUUCUGCUACCAGGCUGGCCUUCAAACAUUUCUUUUCUUCUUCUUUUUCCACUUUAUGCAAUUAUUUUAAGUAACAAUGUGCUAAAUGUGCAUAUUGUUGUCCGUGUGAAGAUCUAAUAUCGGUUUGACUGAAUCGGUAAGGGAGAACACCCAAAGGAUGGGUUUCAUCUUUUUUUUUUUUUCUUUCUUGACCAUUACCAUUAUUGACAUUAUCCUUCUGUGAAACUUCCUUGUGCUUUUUCUUUCUUCUGUUUGUGUUUUACAGGGAAAUUUUCUUUUAGGCUUGGACAAGGAAGUUUCUGCAAGGUUGAGAAAUUUCAACAUCUCUGAUGUCAAUUUCAUUAUUCAGCAUUUUAACAGCAGUUGAAAUUUGUGGCCGGAGCUUGGCAUUUUCUUGCACGCAAAGUAGGCCGACUAUCAAGAACAGGAAAGCUUCCUCUUCAGGAAAGUUCAUAUUAAGUGUAGUGUCUACUACUUGUACAAGUUUGUUUUCCUUGUAAGCUUGCCAAGCCUGCAAAAUUAACACAUAAAAAAAUAAAUACUUCAUUUGUA